GGCCACGUGACCCGCCCCGGGGAUAAAUAGACGGCGCGGUCCGGGUUCUGCACAGUCGCCCUCCCGCCUCCUGGAGCCCGUCCCGAGCCGUCGGAGCCAGCACCGGAUCCCGCACCAGCGCCGCCGCAGGAUGGAGCGCCCGCAGCCCGACAGCAUGCCCCAGGAUUUGUCAGAGGCCCUGAAGGAGGCCACCAAGGAGGUGCACACCCUGGCGGAGAACGCCGAGUUCAUGAAGAACUUUCAGAAGGGCGAGGUGACCCGAGAAGGUUUUAAGCUGAUAAUGGCAUCUCUGUACCACAUCUAUGUGGCCCUGGAGGAGGAGAUCGAACACAACAAGGAGAACGCGGUCUAUGCUCCCCUCUACUUCCCGGAAGAGCUGCACCGAAGGGGGGCCCUCGAGCAGGACAUGGCCUUCUGGUACGGGUCCCGCUGGCAGGAGGCCAUCCCCUACACGCAGGCCACCAGGCGCUACGUGCAGCGACUCCAAGAGGUGGGGCGCGCCGAGCCCGAGCUGCUGGUGGCCCACACCUACACCCGCUACCUGGGUGACCUGUCUGGGGGCCAGGUCCUCAAGAAGAUCGCUCAGAAGGCCCUGGACCUGCCCAGCUCCGGAGAGGGCCUGGCCUUCUUCACUUUCUCCAACGUCGGCAGUGCCACCAAGUUCAAGCAGCUGUACCGCUCCCGUAUGAACACUCUGGAGAUGACCCCCGAGGUCAGGAAGAGGGUCCUCGAUGAGGCCAAGACUGCCUUCCUGCUCAACAUCCAGCUGUUUGAGGAGUUGCAGGGGCUGCUGACUCAGGACGCCAAGGACCAGAGCCCCUCGCGGGCACCAGACCUUCGCAGGCGGGCUGGCAGCAGGGCGCAAGACUCUGCUCCCACGGAGGCGUCCAGGGGGAAGCCCCAGCUCAGCAUCCUCUCCCAGGUGCCGCUCAUGCGAUGGGUCCUCAUGUUCAGCUUUCUGGUGGCAACGGUCGCCGUGGGGCUUUACACCAUGUGAGUGUAAGCAUGCUGGCUCCUGGCCGUGAACUCUUUUUGGAGAGGGACAGCCUCUUGGCCGGCUUCCUUCCCUUGGGCAUGGGGAGUGGGAGCAGCUGUUGGGGUCCCUGCCGUCUCCCUGCGUCCCUCUCUCUCUGGAAGAAAGGAGUCUGCGGCAUCUCCCCCAACCAAAAGCACAUCCAGCCAAUGACCUGAACUUCAGAGUGGGACGAGGGGUCCUGCCCAGCCCCGAGGGCACCCUCCCCACCCCGUUCCUGCAGCAGAGCCCAAAAGAUGUAGCCAGAAGCGACCGCUGUCGUGAACCUCCAAAUGCCCUGGGUCCUCGGUCUCCUUGUUGACAUGCUGUGACCGCCUGCCCCCUGGGCCAUGGCAAUUUUUGUAUAAAUAUGCAAAGAUGUUGUGUCUCGUGUUUCCGUCUUGUUUUUGUUGGAGCCACUUUUCGUUCCUGACUCGGCCUGAACUGCGGUAUUUUGUUGUGUUCUGUUUUGUUUUUAUAACAGGGUUGGGGUGGGAGGGAGGGGUUUAACAGCACUGUGGCCUUGGUCGCUAACUUUUAUGUGAAAUAAUAAACUACAUGGCUUAAUAGU